AUGCUGAAUUUUUGGCUGGUGUUUCAGGUCCUAACUAUCCUGGCUGCUUGUGCUGGCGUUCAUGCCAUGGAUGCAUCAGUGGAUACUUGGAGCUACUUCUACACUCAUCUGAUGUCCAUAUGGCUAAACAGGUUUUACAUCUACUCUUGUGCGGCUUUUGGCAUCGGUAUUUGGAUCUGCUUUCAGUUCAUUGCCACCAAAGCCAAAAAGCAGGAUGAAAAAUCCACCGAGAAGCUAACUCCAUCUAAAGUAACACAAGAUGUGCUAAUAAAUGGAUAUACAAUGCCAAAGACGAAGGAGGUUUAUGUUGCUGGGGUGAAGGUUUUCUAUGGCUCUCAGACUGGCACUGCUAAGGGAUUUGCAACAAUUCUUGCUGAAGCUAUUCUCUCCCUUAAUUUGCCUGCAGAAAUCAUUAACAUGAGAGACUAUGAUCCCGAUGAUUGUCUAGCCGAAGAGGCAAUCAGCAAAAAUAUUUGUGUGUUUCUGGUUGCUACCUACACUGAUGGACAGCCAACUGAAAAUGCAGCAUGGUUCUGCAAAUGGUUAGAAGAGGCUGUGAAUGACUUUAGGUUUGGCAAAACCUAUCUGAAAGGCAUGAGAUACGCUGUGUUUGGCUUGGGAAAUUCAGUAUAUGUGGACCACUACAACACGGUUGGAAAAAACAUUGACAAAUGGCUGUGGAUGCUUAGUGCUAGUCGUGUCAUGACUCGUGCGGAGGGGGACUGUAAUGUAGCCAAAAGCAAGCACGGCAGCAUCGAGGCUGACUUCAGUGCUUGGAAGGCCAGGUUCCUCGCUAGGCUCCAGGCACUUUACAAAGGGGAGAAGAAGCCCUGUAGCGGAAAGUGUAAGAAAGGCAAGUGCAAAUCCAAAGGGAAGAAGAGCAAGGAGGGAUCGGAUCAUGAGCAAAGGGUGUCAGAGCAGGAGAACACUGAGGUGGAGGAUUUAUUUGAAACCACCAGUGAGGAGGAGUCGGGCGCUGAGGAAGAUGGAAGCCGUAACUCUGUCAUUGAUGUCGAAGAUCUGGGCAAAAUUAUGGGUCACAUGAAGAAGGCCAAGAAAGAAUGUGAACUUGAGGAAGAAGCUGGCAGGACAGGUCCAUCUCAGCAGAGCAGUGGGAAAAAUGAGGAGAGUGAAAGGAGGGAGAUGAUCACUCCAGGUCUUAGAGAUGCACUUACAAAACAAGGUUACAAAUUGAUUGGAAGCCAUUCCGGUGUGAAGCUUUGUCGGUGGACAAAGUCGAUGCUGCGAGGUAGAGGAGGCUGCUACAAACACACCUUUUAUGGCAUUGAAAGUCACCGCUGCAUGGAGACCACACCAAGCCUGGCUUGUGCAAACAAAUGUGUGUUUUGCUGGAGGCAUCAUACAAAUCCAGUGGGCACAGAAUGGCGGUGGAAAAUGGACCAACCCGAAAUGAUCUUGCGGGAGGCCAUUGAAAACCACCAGAGCUUGAUCAAGCAAUUUAAAGGUGUGCCAGGAGUGAGAGUAGAUCGCUUUGAAGAAGGGAUGGUGGUGAAACACUGUGCGCUGUCUCUGGUGGGAGAGCCAAUUAUGUACCCAGAAAUCAACACGUUCUUAAAACUGCUGCACCGGCACAACAUCUCCAGCUUCCUGGUUACAAAUGCACAGUUCCCUGUGGAGAUUAGGAACCUUGAGCCAGUAACGCAGCUGUAUGUCAGCGUGGAUGCUAGCACCAAAGAAAGCCUGAAGAAAAUUGACCGUCCCCUCUUCAAGGAUUUCUGGCAAAGGUUUCUAGACAGUUUAAAGGCCUUGGCUGAAAAGCAACAGCGCACAGUGUAUAGACUGACACUGGUGAAAGCUUGGAACGUGGAUGAACUCAAAGCCUAUGCUGAGCUGGUGUCCCUUGGUAAACCAGACUUCAUCGAAGUUAAGGGAGUGACGUACUGCGGUGAAAGCUCGGCCAGCAACUUAACCAUGGCCAAUGUCCCCUGGCACGAAGAGGUGGUGCAUUUCGUCCGGGAGUUGGCUGACCUGAUUCCAGACUAUGACAUCGCGUGUGAACAUGAACACUCAAACUGCCUCCUGAUAGCUCACAAAAAGUUCAAGAUCGAUGGAGAAUGGUGCACGUGGAUCGAUUAUGAUCGUUUUCAGGAGCUGGUCCAGGAGUAUGAAAAUAGCAGGGGAUCAAAGACCUUCACCGCAGCAGAUUACAUAGCCAAAACACCACACUGGGCAGUGUUUGGCUCCAGAGAGAGGGGCUUUGAUCCUUUGGACACUAGAUUUCAACGAAAGAACAAAACAAAGGACAUCUCAGGGUGUUGA